UCCCCGUGUUCUUCCUGUUGAGACGCAGAAAUGGCGUUCCCUUUGAACGUGGAGUCGCUUCUACAAUCAGUGCAGCUAGAGGACUCAUUAUACAAAGAUGAAGGUCUCUGUGUACUCGGAGUGUUUGGUAAAAGUGCCAUGCAACCCGUGCCGACGAAAGAAACCCUCAUAAACACGCUGGCCGACAAACACAUAUUCCCCCUUUUCGGUGCGGACGAAGAUGCGAAUACGGAGAAGGACGAGAACCUCAUCCGGGCGUUUUACAGCCAGGAAAAUCGCGUUUUGUUCCUCGUACUCACUUCAGUCUACGACAGCAGACAGCUCCUGCAGGCAUGUGAGUCUCUCGGUCCGGGGAUCGGGCACUCUGACGCCCACGAGUUUUGGAAAGCCAGUGACAAACAGCACUGUCUCCAUCUCUUGUACUUGUUCUCCCUAUGCCAUGUUCUGUUUCUGGUGCAACCUAAUUGCACCUUCGACGUCACCUACGACAGGCUGUUCCGCGCCCUGGACGCCCUCCGACAGAAAGUCCUGCCGCUGCUGCGUGCUGCCAUCAAAGACUGCCCGGUGUCGAAAGAGUGGAAGGUGAACUGCCGCCCCUGUCCCCCACGCCUGCUUUUUGUGUUUCAGAUGAACGGGGCUCUGAGAUAUUCUGGCCCGACUGGAAACGGAACAGAAUCAGGAGGAAACUCGGACAAACCCAAAAAGCACUCCCCGAGGAGGAGGCUGCAGCAUGCACUGGAGGACCAAAUUUAUCGCAUCUUCAGGAAGAGCAGGGUCCUGACUAAUCAAAGCAGCAACUGCAUGUUCACUGUGCCUGCCAACCAAGCGUUUGUGUAUGUUGUGCCAGGGCCGGAUGAGGAUCCAGUGGGGAACUUGCUUGGACAUCUGCGGUCCAACUGCACCUUACGUGAGCAAGACUCAAACACGUCAGUAUCAGGACCAAGGCGGUAUCAACAGGUGCGCCGCUCAGCUAGACAUCCUUACUUUAAUUUAGACUCUGUUGGCAUGACAACUAGCGGGCAAUUGUUGGAUUGCAGCUUGAAGGAGUUCCUCUGGCAGCAUGUGGAGUUGGUUUUGUCAAAGAAAGGCUUUGACGACAGUGUUGGCCGCAAUCCCCAGCCUUCGCACUUUGAGCUCCCAACCUACUCCAAGUGGGUGCAAGUGGCUAGUAAACUCCACCAGGUCAUAAUAAACAACACAGAUGAAGAAACUGCUGAACUAGCCCUCAAAGUACAAAGCCAGCUGAAGGUUCUUGAGGGGGUCCUAGAUGCUGAUGCAAAGUUCUCAGAGAACAGGUGCCAGAAAGCCCUGCCAUUGGCCCACAGUGCUUACCAGUCCAACCUACCCCAUAACUAUACCACCACUGUUCACAAAAACCAGCUGGCUCAAGCACUGCGGGUCUAUAGCCAGCAUGCUCGAGGUGUGGCUUUCCAGCGCUACGCUUUGCAGCUUCAUGAGGAUUGCUACAAGUUCUGGAGUAAUGGUCAUCAGUUGUGUGAGGAACGUAGUCUUACCGACCAACACUGUGUCCACAAGUUCCACUUGUUGCCCCAGCCAGGUGAGAAGCCGGAGAUCGAUCGUAACCCACCCAUCCUCAACCACAACAGCAGGGGACGCUCCACCAGUUCCUGCAAUUGUGGAAAGAAGCAGGCCCCCCGUGAGGAUCCAUUCGAUAUCCAAUCUGCCAACUAUGAAUUCUACCAGAUGCUGGAGGAGAAAUGCUGUGGGAAGCUGGAGAGGAUUGAGUUCCCAGUGUUCCAACCCAGCACACAAGACCCAGCACCAGCCUGCAACGAUACCCCACAACCCCCUUCUGAGAGCCCUGGGCCUGUGGAGGGAGAAAGGCUGAAGGACUCCACCACUGCCUCCAGCACUAUGGCCCACAGCCACACCCCGGGUGACAGUACCAGCCUCAGCCUGGCACUCAGCCUAGGACAAUCCACUGAUAGCCUUGGGCCCUAUGGGGAUGGGAGUGAAGCACAAGUCCAGCACAAGAGACCCAGCCUGGUGGACCGCCAACCAUCCACUGUGGAAUACCUCCCUGGCAUGCUCCACUCGGGCUGCCCAAAGGGUCUGCUCCCGAAGUUCUCCAGCUGGUCCCUUGUGAAACUGGGCCCAGCGAAGUCCUACAACUCCCACACAGGUCUGGAACAACCAGGCUUCAUCCCUGGUUCCUCCUUUCUCCUGCCGUGGGACUUGGUGAUUCGCUCCCGCUCUGAGGAGGAGUCAGGACUAGUAGAACAAUUGGAUGGAGGCGCCUCCUCAUGGCCUGCACCCAACAAAACCCUAGUGGGGAAGCGAGGGAGCACUGGAGGGGUAGCGAGGAGCCGCAGGAGGGAUGACGUGGCUCGGGUGUUUGUGGGGUUUGAGUAUGAAGACAGUAGGGGUCGACGUUUCAUCAGCUCAGGGCCAGAUAAGAUAUUUAAGGUUUUGGGGCCUGGAGGUGCCAAGGAGCCUGCUACUAGAGUCCUAAACACAGACAUGCCACUCUACAUCCCAUCCCCUGCUCAGGGGCGUGGUCUGAAGCCUCACUAUGCCCAACUAGCUCGCCUUUUCAUUGUGGUGCCUGAUGCUCCACUUGAGAUCACCCUCAACCCACAGGUACAGCCAGGUCCUCCUCCAUGCCCAGUGUUCCACCCGGAGCAGACAGAAAUUGUGCUUCCAUGUGAUGGCCUGUGGGUUCUCCGUUUUCCUUAUUCUUACGUGACGGAGCGGGGACCCUGUUACCCCCCCAAAGAAAACCAGCCCCUCACCAACUACAAGGUGUUGCGAGGCAUCCUUCGGGCAGCUACUGCCAGCCCUCCCCCACAGUGAAUCUAUUACUAUAGCCAAACCUCUAUUCCUGCAAUGAUGAAAAGGGGUCAUCUUCAUCGUCCUAGAUCGGGUGUUAUAUUUGCUUUGGAGUGUUAUUAACAAUGGAAAAUAAUUGAAGAAGGUGAUCAGGAAUGUCUUCUGAAAGACAAGCUGGACUUUUUCUGCAAAUGAACUGAGUUUACAUAGUCUACCUUGUUGAUGAAUCUUAUAAUCGGGUCAAGUUUCAGUGUCUCCCUCAAAUAAAAUGAAA